AUGACCAUAACGACUCAUGUGACAACUCAGGUGACUGCAACCACCUCCAUUCACAGAAUCACUGUUUGAUUGACAAUUUAUCACAUUUUCAUGUGGCCUAUUGCACUCAAAGGAGAGGUAAUUCCUUUUGUGCUGUAGUGGAUAAAUAUCUCACUGCACAUAGCCUACUACUUCAGCACCCUCAAGAAUUCUGUGGUGUACAAACCUCCUCUCCAUGGAACGAAGAUGCAGAGAAGACUCAACACUCAACAGGAAUUGGAAAUGGUCCUGGAUGGAGUAAACCCUUGUGACUCGGAUGGAGAAGACAUAAACCUUCAGCUGGAUUCAGACUCUGAGCUAUCUGAGCUUUCUUCAGGUUAGAUUUCAUUUCAGCCAUUUUGUUUUCUAUUUUGUUUCUGAGUGCAGGCCUCUGUUUGUUUUGUUUGGUUCUACUUUUCCUGAUGUCCCUGCACCUUAGCUGAGCUAUUUAAGAUGUUAGCUUCAAAGCAUGCAUUUGUGAUAUCAUUUCACUUUUCACCCUGGUCAGCACAUCACCAUUGACGAACAGCUUUUCCCGUCAAAGACUCGCUGCUGUUUCCUGCAGUACAUUGCAACAAAACCUGACAAGUUUGGGAUCAAGUUUUGGGUGGCUUGUGACUUGAAAUCCAAGUACAUCUGCAAUGUCCUCCCAUAUCUUGGCAAGGACCCCAGUCGUCCCAGUGGGGAGAGACUGUCCGAGAACAUAGUUAUGAGGCUGAUGCAACCAUUCCUGGACAAUGGCAGAAAUGUUACCACGGACAAUUUCUUCACAUCGCUGUUAGACAGAAAACCACCAUCCUAGGCACAGUCAACAAGAUUCGCCAGGAAAUUCUACUAUCAUCUAGACAGAGGGACUGCAAUGAAUUCACCACUCAGGUGUUUUCAACCACUGGAGCCACGCUGAUGGUGUAUGCGCCCAAACGGAAGAAGAUGGUCUACGUUCUUAGCAGCAUGCACAGCGUGGUUCAGACUGAGAAUACCACCAAAAAGAAGCCAAACACUGUCACCCUUUACAAUACUACAAAGUCCGACGUGGAUGUGAUGGACCAGAUUGUGUGGGAGUACACUGUCCGCACAGGAACACGGUGCUGGCCAGUCCCUGUGUUCUAUAACAUGAUUGAUAUGGCGGCAUUGAAUGCACAUGUGCUGUAUCAAGCACGCACCGGGAGGCAGGAGAGACGGGUGUACUUCCUGGUGGAGCUUGCAAGAGAGUUGGCUAACUCUCAUGUGGGUGCGAAGAAGGCACGAAAGGAAGAACUGCUUUGGCAAAAAGCCUUGUGCCAGGUUAAAAAUUAA